CCAACAACCUCCGCAUUUCUCUGCGGACACUCCCACCAUUCAAAAUCCAUACUGCAUUGACCAGCUGCAUUUCUCAGAAUAGAAUUUGUUGCCCAUCAUGCAUCUGUCUCUUUUCUCCCUCUUCUCCCUGCUCUGUGCCUCAACACUAGCAACCGCAGCAUCCGCCGCCCGUCAUCUCACCAUCACCAUCCCUCCCUCGACCAUCCUCCCUAACCCAAACGUCCUCCCAGCCAAUACCCACGCGACUCUUACGACCUUCACAAAGAACACAAAUGACAACCACCACUUCACUGCACCCCUCUCCCGCUCCGCAACCUUCGACUUCCACCACCUCCCCGCCUCCUCGAAGCCCGAAUCCUACCUCCUCGACAUCCGCUCCCCGGAGUAUGUGUUCGCUCCCCUUCGCGUCGACGUCGCUGCCGAUGGCUCUGUCUUGGGUAUCUGGGAGACCUUUCGCGGGAACCCGUGGGAUAAUCGCGGCGCAGAGAAGUUCGUCUUCGAUGCGAGUGCUCCCCGCGGUGGUAACAGUGGAGCUGAAGAAGCUGUGAUGGUUGAGGCGAAGGUUCUGGCCCGGAGAGGGUUUUAUGAGGAGAGGUCGAAGUUCUCUCCCCUGGCUUUAUUCAAGAACCCCAUGAUCCUGAUGGCUUUGGUGGCUCUUGGUUUCACCUUUGGAAUGCCCAAGUUGAUGGAGAACAUGGACCCCGAAAUGCGCGCCGAAUUCGAGAAACAGUCUCGCUCUUCUCCCAUCGGAGGCGCAACCAGAAGUGCUAUGGCUGGCGGCGGGGCUCCCGGGAACUUCGACCUGGCUGGCUGGAUGGCCGGUGCUACUCCUAGACCCGGUGCGUCUGGCGCGGAAGCUGCGGCUGCGAUUGAGGGAGCGGCUGCUACGACGGGCCGGGAGGGCGGUGGUGCGUCGCGGAGAAGGGGUUGAAGCGUUGUAUGAUUACAGUAUCGUAUGGGGGGUUUAGAGGAUGGUAUGGUAUGUGUGUAUAUGGAUCGCGGUGAGCGCUCUAUGGAUAGAUAUUGAUGUGUCCAUGUAUUAUAAGCUCCUCGAUGGCCCUGUUCCCGAAAGACUCGGAGAUGAGAAUAGAGUCAAAC